AUGUUUUUUCGGGGUUAUCGGCCUGUAUCAAGGCUGCGUUCGUUCUACCGGCUAAAAGCUCGAUUCCUAAGUGGAACACGACAAUCCACACCAGUUGCAACCUAUAGCACAGUUGUACAUAGGUCGAGUCUUUUGGUGAAUCAUGACAGGCCUUUCUUGUCUUUCAAACGAUUUAUGUCCUACCCCUCCCAUGUUGUCGUCAGAUUACCAAAUUUGUCUCCUACUAUGGAGACUGGGACAGUAAUAAGCUGGGCAAAGCAAGAAGGUGAUGAGGUUACAGAGGGAGACUUACUUGCGGAAAUUGAGACGGACAAAGCAACUAUGUCAUUCGAUGCCAACGAAUCAGGAUAUUUAGCAAAGAUAUUGUCUCCAGCGGGAAGUAAGGAUAUACCUGUCGGGACAGCUCUUUGUAUCAUAGUUCCGGAUGCAGGUUCUGUCGCAGCCUUCAAAGAUUAUGUAGCUAAGUCUUCGGAACAAGCUUCUCCCCCAAAAACAACUGAAGCUCCAAAACCUCCAGCUCCGACCCCACCUCCAAGUGUCGCUCCACAACAACCUGCGACGCCUACUCCUGCCGUUUCCACUCCGAUAGUAUCAAAGUCUGGAGGAGUGGUUGCUUCCCCUUAUGCUCGUCUCUUGGCUGCGGAAAAGGGGCUUGAUCUGUCAGGAAUUACUGGUACUGGAAUGCACGGAAUGAUACGCUCAACAGACUUGGGUUCGGCACGUGCUGCUGCCGCAACUACUGCUGGUCUAGAUAUAGCAGGUGGGAAGUUUGAAGAUAUCAGUAUCAGUAACAUGCGAGCGGUAAUUGCUAAACGACUGACAGAAUCAAAACGUACUAUCCCACACUACUAUUUGACAAUGGAUAUUCAGUUAGAUGGAGUUUUAGAAAUACGCUCUAAAAUCAAUACAGAUUUAGCAAAGCUUGCAGACACAAAAUCUGAAGAACCUGUACCAAAGAUAAGCUUAAAUGAUAUUAUCAUCAAGGCAGCAUCAUUAACAUGUUUAAAAGUACCUGAAUGUAAUUCAUCCUGGCAAGGUGAAUUUAUCAGACAGUAUCAUUCUGUUGAUGUGAGUAUCGCUGUAGCUGUUCCUGCUGGACUCAUUACACCGAUAAUAUUUUCUGCUGAAAAGAAGGGUUUAGUACAAAUCAAUAAAGAGAUGAAGACAUUAGUAGCGAAAGCUAAACAAAAUAAAUUACAACCUCAUGAAUUUCAGGGUGGAACAUUUUCAAUAUCAAAUUUAGGCAUGUUUGGUAUAUCGAAUUUCUGUGCUGUAAUCAAUCCACCACAAGCGUGUAUUCUUGCAGUCGGCAGUACAAGAAGUCUUCUGUUACCGGAUAGUAAUAGUCACUUAGGAUUCAAGAAAGCUAAUGUCUUGUCAGUUACUCUAUGCUGUGAUCAUCGUGUUGUUGACGGAGCUUAUAUUUACUCCUUAUCAUGGACCAUAUUUGUACCAUUAUGGAAAUUAAAUGCACCAUAUAAAUAUUAUUCACAAUAUGGUUUCCCUGAUCCACAGAAAACACUUUCACCAAUAUUGAAUAUUGAAUUUCAAAAGAAUGAUGUGUUGAAUAUUGAAGAAUCAUCCGACGCCUCUUCUUCUUCUUCUUCUCCAACGUCCACAGAGUACAUCUUAUCAGAAAAUUUCACUCUAUUCGAUUUAUUAUAUAAAACUUUAACAAAAUAUGCUAAUGACAAUGAAACAGAAGAGGAUGAUAAUCAAAUAUCUGAAGAAGUAAACACCACCGCCAUCACCACCCCUACCAUCAUCAAUGCGACUGGUGAUACUGUCACCACCGAAGGUAAAGUAACCGUUGAGAAAGAACAAGAACAAGAAGAAGGGGAAGGGGGAAAAACGGCAGAAGCACAGGCAGAAGAAGGAGAAGAAUUAAAUCAGACAGCAGAUGUACCAAGCAUGGAUGAUAAUCCUCCACCCAACCUACCGAUCAAUAAUAAUAAAAAUAUUAUGGCUAUUAGCAUCAGUACUAAUACUACCAGUACUACUACUAAUAAUGAUAAUAAUAAUAAUAAUAGUACUAAUAUUACUCUGCCUAAUCUAUCCAUUAAUAGCACUAAUACAAAUAUUACCAUCAGUAAUAAUAAUAAUACUACAAAUAUUUCUGUACCUGAUCAACCUAAAAAGAAGAAGAAAAGGAGAAACUUAUUAGUACCUACGAAUGAAGACGUUGAAGAAUCAUCAUCUAAUAGUAAUAUAAGUGAAACUAAUGUUGUAUUAGGUGAACGACUUCAACCAAGAAUGUAUCUUCCAUUAUUUAUUGAUAUUUAUAGAAUAUUUAAGGCUAUUAGAGCAAGUUGUAAAGAAAACUGUACAGAUUAUUUUCCAAAUUAUGAAUAUGUUUUAUGGAUGUAUAAUUGGGUGAUAUGUACAAAAAUUGGUCCAACCCCAGUGAAUGAUGUCGAUGGUAUCUGUCCAAAAAUUUGUCGUCCACGUAAAGAUAUUACACUGAACGAUAGUUAUAUCACAGAGUUGAUUAAUUUAACGUUUAAACCAAUCGCAUUAACUAUGGAUCCAUUCGAUGUUUGUUCACAGUUAGUUAAUACAGUAUCCGGGACUUGUUUAACUUAUGGAAGUGGUGUAGGUGCUGAAGAAUUCACAUGCCAAUGUAAAUCUCACGCAUAUGAAUGGCAGACUGUCGAUUCAUUGACUGGCUGCCUACUGAUUCCAGACAUCAUGAAUAGCACACAAAAUGUACACAGUAAAACUUGGAAUAUUGAAUGUAAUGAAGAUAUGAAACAAUUUUGUAAAAAUGGUACAGAUAAAUGUUAUUAUCGUUUAAGAUUAAUGGAUGAUAUUGACGCUAGUGAACCUAUUGACUAUAAUAUUAACAACAUCAAUGAUACUACUACUACUACCACUACUACUGAUAGUAUAAUAAUAAUAAUACUUAUAUUAACCUCAGAUGUUGAUAUAUCACUUUGGCCACAUUGUCAAUGUACAAAAUAUUUUACUGGUGUUGACUGUUCAGAAUCAGUUCAACCUUGUAAAGAGAUUUUAUCGAAUGCUUUGAAAACACCACAACUACUUAUGCAUAGUCAAGUUGUGAAAGAUGAUAUUGAUCGGCCAAUAAUAACAACAACAUUAUCAGAUGAUAAUAAUGAAUAUCAGAAGUCAGCCUCAGGUGAUUGGUUAUGUGGUGUUGAUUUUCAUUAUGGCAGUUGUAUUCCCAUUGGUCAAACAUAUCAAUGUCAGUGUAAUUUUGGUUAUACCAAGGAUCCAGACUACAGUGAUUAUGAUAAUUGUUGGAAAGAAGGUCAUCAAGAGGAUACAAUUGAAAUUGGUGGUCAUAUUAUUAGAAAAUGUGGUCAAGGAGCAUGUCUAAACGGUGGGAAAUGUAUCAAUGUUACUAGAGGACUUUUUACGUAUACUGAUUCAUUUGUAAAUAAUAAUGAUAAUGACCGGCCUCCUCAAAUACCAAUGUGUCAAUGCCCAAAAGGUUAUACUGGUCUAUACUGUGAUGUAACAGAAGGUAUAUGGAGUGAAUGGCAUUCAUGGAGUAGUUGUACACCGAAUUGUGGACAAACACGUUAUCAAUAUCGUUUACGAUCAUGUGAUAGUGAUAUUGGAUGUCCAGGAAGUGCUAAACAAUCUCAACGUUGUCCACCAUUGGAAUGUGCUAAAAUCGCAUCAACUAAACGUACUGAUGUUUCAAUUCAAUAUGAGCAAAUUCAUCACCAUCAAGAGCAUUAUGCCGAUGAUAGUUAUAAUCAUAUAUUAAAAUCAGGUUAUCUUUUAGCUUGGUUUUUAGGCUUUCUAAUACCUGUAGAAAUUAUAUUGAUUAUAUUCGGUGUUAUAUUAUUAGAAAAGUUUAUACUUAAGAGAUCGUCAUCUUCACAUUAA